AUGGACGUUAUGCAUGUGGAGACAGUGGAAGUCAUGGUAUCUGACCUAAGCGAUUCCAAGAAGGGAGAUGGAAACCCGCUAGCGAAUUGGAUAAGGAUAGCAAUCUCGACUUCAACCCCGCUCGAGACUUUCUACUUAUCUCUUCGACAACAAGCAGGACCCAAUCGCUUUAUAUGCGAGCAUUUAAUCCAGCUAUGGGCUUCUAUUCUUGCAGAGUACUUUGUGAGGCAAGAUCUUUUGGAAUUGACUGAGAGCAUACAUCAUACUUCAGCCAAAAUGCAGCAGUCUGUUCCUAAGCCAAGUGGGUCAGGAUUGCCCAAGCUGCGAGAGGAAGAAGAAUGGGCAGACAAUGGAGAUCUAUUUAACGGAUGA